AAACCCUUGUUCUGCACUUUUAACAUUCUGCUUGCUCCAAAUCAGUCUUUUAUAUUUACCCCAUCCUUAACACAUGUUGUAGGAAGGGAGAGAAAAACAACCUCAAAAUGUUUUUUUCCUCUGGCAAAGGCCUUGACUGGAGUUACUCCUGUGUGGCAUGUUUUGGUUGGUUUUUUUUGCUUUUGUUUUUUACAAAGGCCUGGUGCAGGACAGGCCUUGAAAUGAGACUGAAGAUGAUUAGGGCACUGGCUAAAUGCCUCUGGCACCUCCUCUUCUGUGGGUGCCACCUCCCCAGAGUCAGUGGGAAGCUGGACAGGCACUGCUUUGCUUCUCCAGCAGACACAGGGGCUUUCUGGGAGAGAAGGGAUCAUCCAACGUGUUUGGGGCAGAAGGAACGGCCUGGCAGUUAUUUCAAAGACCAGACGCCUUACUGGCAGACCUGGAAUCCACCACCUCACAUAUCUCCAAACGACCAGUCUUUCUCACGGAGGAAACUCCUUACUCCUACCCAACUGGAAACCACACGUACCAGGAGAUUGCUGUGCCCCCCCCGGUGCCCCCGCCGCCUUCCAACGACGCCCUGAAUGGCACUGUGAUCGACCCCUUGGACCAGUGGCAGCCCAGCACACCCAGAUACGGCCACCAGCAGCCUCAGUCCCAGUCUCCUAUAUACAGCUCUAGUGCCAAAAGCUCCAGUGCCUCCGUUCCUAGAGACGGGCUCAACUCUCCUACUCCCCGUGCCAGUGAAGAGGAACACGUCUACAGUUUCCCAAACAAGCAGAAGUCUGCAGAGCCAUCUCCCACAAUGACCAGCUCCUCUCUGGGCAGCAACCUCUCAGAACUGGACAGACUCCUUCUGGAACUGAAUGCUGUUCAACAUACUCCUGCCAGUGGCUUCACAGCAGAUGAGGCUGGCAGAAGCCCAUCACUGCCCAGCGUGGCUGGCCCUCACUAUGUUGUCCCAGAGAACAGCAGCUCAGGGGCAGGGAAAGCUGCACCCCCGACAAAAGAAAAGCCAAAGCGAAAUGGCGCACGUGGGAUCGAAGACGUGCGUCCCAGCGUGGAGAGCCUGCUGGAUGAGCUGGAGAGCUCCGUGCCAAGUCCAGUGCCUGCAAUCACUGUGAGCCAGGGUGAGGUGAGCAGCCCCCAGCGCGUCACCGCCAGUCAGCAGCAGACCCGAAUUUCUGCUUCUUCAGCUACACGAGAACUGGAUGAGCUGAUGGCAUCUCUCUCUGACUUCAAGUUCAUGGCGCAGGGAAAAGCCGGGAGCAGCUCCCCUCCAUCCACAGCCUCCAAGCCUGGCAGUCAGCUGGAUACCAUGCUGGGGAGUCUUCAGUCUGACCUGAAUAAACUGGGUGUAGCUACAGUUGCCAAAGGUGUCUGUGGAGCCUGCAAGAAGCCUAUUGCUGGGCAGGUAGUUACAGCCAUGGGGAAGACCUGGCACCCUGAGCACUUCGUCUGCACCCACUGCCAGGAGGAGAUCGGGUCUCGGAACUUCUUUGAGCGGGAUGGGCAGCCCUACUGUGAGAAGGACUACCACAACCUCUUCUCUCCUCGCUGCUACUACUGCAACGGGCCCAUCCUUGAUAAAGUGGUGACGGCUUUGGACAGGACAUGGCACCCUGAACACUUUUUCUGUGCUCAGUGUGGAGCUUUCUUUGGACCUGAAGGAUUUCAUGAGAAGGAUGGCAAAGCCUAUUGCCGCAAGGACUACUUUGAUAUGUUUGCUCCCAAGUGUGGAGGCUGUGCCCGGGCUAUCCUGGAAAACUACAUCUCUGCCUUGAACACCCUGUGGCACCCCGAGUGCUUUGUCUGUCGGGAAUGUUUCACCCCGUUUGUCAACGGCAGCUUCUUCGAGCACGACGGGCAGCCCUACUGCGAGGUGCACUACCACGAGCGCCGCGGCUCGCUCUGCUCCGGCUGCCAGAAGCCCAUCACAGGACGCUGCAUCACUGCUAUGGGCAAGAAAUUCCACCCAGAACACUUUGUCUGUGCCUUCUGCCUCAAGCAGCUCAACAAAGGAACCUUCAAAGAGCAGAAUGACAAGCCCUACUGCCAGAACUGCUUCCUCAAGCUCUUCUGUUAGAGGCGCUGUAGAUGGGCGCUCAAGCAUCUUUCUACCGCCCCCUUGGCAGUUCUGUCUCUCUGAACAUUACUGUGAUUUAGGAACCUUACCAGGCAGGGGAGAGGGGGGUGGGGGGUGGGAAGUGCUGCUAUGGAGAGGCAGUAAAUCCAGAGAUGAGAUGGACCAUUAAACUGGAAACGCCCUUGCUGUGUCUCAGAA